AGUUAUCCCCAAGCUCACAAAAGAUAAACUUCCUGUCUGCUGAGGGAUGAAAACAAUGUUUACAUUUUGGUUCUACUGUUUACUUUUUAUUUCCUGAAAUUAUGGCUUCUCUCCUCCGGAAGGAUAAUCUAAAAAAUAAUUUGGAGAGGGCAUGUAUUCAUAGGGAUGAUGUCCAAGACCUCGUGUUAUUAGAUGAAAGUGAUGCAUUUCCUGAAACAAACCUCACUCUAGAAAUUGAAGACAAGGAUGAAGAUUCAAAAAGUUUGGCCAGCCCUGCUGGAUCAGUAUCUUUUGAAGGUGACUUCCCUGGGACAGGUGCCGUUAGUUUUGAUGUAGUUUCUGCAGAUAAAAUCAAAGAUGGACGCUCAAGCUAUGUGAAAUAUACUAUUCUGGUCAGUGGUCAUAACAAGAUCCAGAAGGUUCCUGGCACAGUGGAGAAAAGAUAUUCAGAUUUUGAAAAGUUGAACACAUGUCUUCGAAAACGCUUUCCAGAACUGAUGGAGGAAGUGUCAUUUCCUGGGAAAUUGUUGAUGGGUAAUUUUAGAAAUGAGACCAUCGCUCGCAGAAGCCGUGCCUUUGAGCAGUAUCUUACUCACCUGUUCUCCAUACAUAGGGUAAGGUUCUCACCCGAUUUUGUUGCAUUUUUUUAUGAGGAGGAUCUUAGAAACGGUUAUGCUGCCAUGGAGAGAGGGUGUUACUCUGAUGCUAUAUCCAUUCUGGAGAAGUGUCUUCCAGUUCAAGAGAAGUUACAAGGUGACUGGCAUCCAGAUGUGAUAGGGACUCUCUGUAGCCUUGUCAUCUGCUAUCACGCUAUUGAUAAGAUUGACAUGGCACUCAAGUAUGCAGAUUCUGCCCUGUCAUGUCUCCAUGGCAAUAGGCGUGACAAGCAUUACCUCCCCUUGUUACAUCUCGAUAUUUACUUUCAUUGGAUGCAGGGAAAAGACAAAGCUCAUCUGGAGGCAAAUUUAGCCCAACUUCGAAAAGAUGGCAUCAACACUGACAAAGAUAUAAAUCUAAAGGCUCUUGUACUGGACAGGUUCAAAAGUUAACAUUUAACCAUAUCGUGACUUUUUUUUUAUUUAAGUCUGUCAGACUGCCACAGUUAGGAAAACAAUUAGUGUUCUCAGAUAUAUUAUGGUGUCUGUUAAAAUUCUAAUCAUCAGAAAAAGCCUUGUGAUUUCAGGGACAUGGUAUAGUAACAUUGUGUCAAAGUUUCUCAUGAUUAGGAAAACAUUCUAAGAUAGAAUACAGUAUCGUAACUUAAUGUCAAAGUCUCAUUUGGACAAGAAUCUGUGUCCCGGAGAUAUGGCAUACUAACCUAUCUAAAUCUAUAACCAUCAGAACACAUUUGUUUGGUUCUAUGGUAUGGUGAAUUUCUAUCUAAAUCAUCUAUUGAUACAGGAUAACAGUCUUUUUAUAGGCUGGAUUUGUUUCCAGAAUCUGAGACAUAAUUAGAAUCUGCUUGUUGAAAUCUGUUGUGUUUUAUAUUUAAAUGGUGCAUUUGCUGAGAUUUGUUGUAGAAGUUAAAUGUUAUGUUGUCUGCAAUUGAUGAAAUUGAUGUAUUUCUUACUUCAGAUCUGGGAUUUUAAUUUAAUUUUUCUCUGAUGUAUAUUUUUCAGAUAGAAGAUUUUAAUAUAAUUUUUCUGAUGUAUAUUUUUUACACAUAUGUGAAGAAUUUGGUUUGGUUUUACCAGAAGCCAAAGCUAAGCUGACAUGGUGAAUAUUAGCCCGAGUUUCCUCUGGCCCUAGCUGACACCAUGUCUGUCCUACACCAGACAACACCUGACAUGGUGUAAGGGCCAGAGGAAACUCAGGCUAGGUGAAUAUUAUUGUAUUGUUGUGUUGUCACACAGCUGAUGAUGACAAUACACUGUAUGAUAUCCUGAGAUUCCUAUGAGUUUACCUGGUAUAUAAAGAAUUAUUUAUUUUUUAGUUUGUAUAAUUUAUAUUAUUUCCAAAUGAAUAACUUCUAUGAACUACUCCUGUAAAUCCAUGUAGAUGUUUAUGUGUGAAUAUAGUCAUAUAAUUUGCUUUAAAGGGACUAGAAGCAAUAACAUUGCCCAUUACCUCUGAGAUUUUUGUUUCAAACAAAAAUAUUUGCUGUAAUUUAUUCAUUUACACUGCAUCUCUUGCUAGGAUUACAAUCCACUUGAUGAAGUAAAGACUCUGAAUAAGAUCAUUCUCAAUACUAGUAGAUAUGCUUCAAAUUACAAUGUACAUAUUCAUUUGACAGAAUUGUAUGGUGUUUGUUUUUAUGCAUCUGUUCAAAACUUGACAAGCUUUUCAUUGAUGCAUAAAAAGCUCUUCUAAAUAAUACAUUGUUCACAUGUUUGAAAUUAGAAUGAAUAUUCAUACCCUACCCAUGUAUACACUGCUCUUAUAUAUAAUUAUGACGAUGACUUUUAUAUGCUCAUCAAAUUUUACAAGAGUACCGCAUUGUGGUAUGGUGUUGUAUGCAUCUGGCAUAAACGUUUGAUUGUCCAGAAAUCUCCUUCAACAUUUAUUGACCAAUUACUUUGAAACUUAGUACGCAUUACAAUCAUGACCUGUCAUUGUGUUUCCCUGAAAAUUAUUUUGAUUUGACUAUUUUGCAAAAGCUAUUACCUAUAAUUUCUGUAUUUGAUUUUUUUUUCUAGAGAUCUCUUACAUUUUUUCAACUGAAUUCUUUGAAACUUUGUAGGCAUUAUAACUGUCAUUAUACAGUUGUGUUUCCCUGAGAGGCAUUUUGAUUCAAUUACAUUUUCAAAAGUUAUUUCCCUUUGUUUAUUUUGGUAUUUGAUUUUUGUCCAGAGAUCUUCAACAUUAUUUGACAAAUUUCUUCAGAACUUUGUAGGAUUUAUAACUGUCCCACAUAGUUGUGUUUCUCUGAGAGGCAUUUUGAUUCGACUAUGUUGCAAAAGUUAUUGCCCAUUAUUUAUUUUGGUUCAUUUGAUUUUUGGCUCCUACAUUUUUCGACCAAUUUCCUUGAAUUUUAUUAGGCUUUAUAACCAUGAUAUAUAGUUGUGUUUCAUUGACAGGCAUUUUACUUUACUUAGACUAUUUUUUCAAAAGUUAUUGUCCUUUGUUUAAUUUGGUUUUUUAUUUUUAUCCGGAGAUCUUCUAGAUUUUUGAACAGAUUUCAUUGAAACUCGGUAGGCUUUAUAAGCAUAUCAAUUAAUGAGAUGGAGACUAUUGCAGUAACUCCUGAGUACUUGUAUUCCUCAAACUGUUAGAAAUUAUACAUUGACUUUGUAGUGAAAGUAAAGGUGAGGGUUUACUAUUACACUACAUUGUAUAUGGCUUACAAUGGGUAUAUAUUGUUCGGCCCCAUAGUACUCUUGUUCCAAGUCCAAUGUUAGCUGUGAUCAAACAUGCUUGUUUAUAAUUAGCUCAUACCGGUUUAUAUAAAAUGUCAAACCUUCGUGCAAUAUACCAUUUACUCUAUUCGACCUACAAAAACAUCAUGUACAUCGUACAAGGAAAAGUUUCCACGUGAAAUCUGGGUGGAAAAAAAUAACUUUUUUUUUUAAUUUACCUACCUUUGUGGUGAGAAAACAAUUCAGAGUCUAUUGAUUAAAAGACUGAAGAUUACAUUGGCAGAUCAGUGAGGUAAGGCACUCUUUCUAUGUUUUGAUAAACACACCUAUCCUCUUUUACUGAAAAAGUGGUGGGGGGGGGGGGGGGAUCUUACAGGAGCAGGUGUGGUUAUCAGGUUACAGUUUUACAUGUAUAUGUACCACAAUACAUUUACCUACAGCUACACACACCUUAUUUAUAACAUGUACCACAAUACAUUUACCUACAGCUACACACACCUUAUUUAUAACAUGUACCACAAUACAUUUACCUACAGCUACACACACCUUAUUUAUAACAUGUACCACAAUACAUUUACCUACAGCUACACACACCUUAUUUAUAACAUGUACCACAAUACAUUUACCUACAGCUACACACACCUUAUUUAUAACAUGUACCACAAUACAUUUACCUACAGCGACACACACCUUAUUUAUAACAUGUACCACAAUACAUUUACCUACAGCGACACACACCUUAUUUAUAACAUGUACCACAAUAACACAAUUUAUAUUUAGGUACAGCUACACACACCUUAUUUAUAACAUGUACCAAACUGUUAACUCAUUCAGUGAAUCUCCAUGUGAUUGUUUUUACUAUCUAGUCAAACUACAAAAACUGAUGAUGUGUUUAUAUAGUUGUUUGUUGAAGAUGUUACAUUUUACUCUGUAAAUUAUUGUGCCAGAAAUCUCAACACUUACCCGUAAUUGUGUUUGAUGGAGUGAAUACUCCUGUGAUAAUGAUAUGAAAAUAUAUACUUUUUUUUUCAAUGAGUGCAACAUAUUUCAUGAAAAAGGAUCAAUGAUGUAUUAUUAUAUCAAUGAAAUUCAUUUGAAAUUUGACAGCAGUUCAUAAUAAUUAUUAACAACAGUGGAAACAGUAGGAAUAUACGGGUCUUAUUCUUCCUGUAAACUGUGGAAGGAAAUUAAAGCCGGAGGAGAGACUCGUAGGAUUUUUAUGCAAUAUUAGAGUAUCCAUGUAGUGUCCGAAAUGUGUCAACGAAUGGUCAGUUUAAGAAGUCAGUGGAUGUAUAUAUGUAUGUGAAUAGAUUUGAAGUUGUCUUCUCCUCUGUAGCCCCAUCCCAUUGUUAUCCUCUCCUCUGUAGCCCCAUUGUAUUGUUAUAGUCUCCUCUGUAGCCCCAUCACAUUGUUAUCGUUUCCUCUGUAGCCCCAUUGUAUUGUAAUCCUCUCUUCUGUAGCCCCAUUGCAUUGUUAUCCUCCCCUCUGUAGCCCCAUUGCAUUGUUAUCGUCUCCUCUGUAGCCCCAUUGCAUCGUUAUCCUCUCCUCUGUAGCCCCAUCACAUUGUUAUCCUUCCCUCUGUAGCCCCAUUGAAUUGUUAUCGUCUCUUCUGUAGCCCCAUUGCAUUGUUAUCCUCCCCUCCCUCUGUAGCCCCAUCACAUUGUUAUCCUCCCCUCUGUAGCCCCAUUGCAUCGUUAUCCUCCCCUCUGUAGCCCCAUUGCAUCGUUAUCCUUCCCUCUGUAGCCCCAUUGUAUUGUUAUCAUCUCCUCUGUAGCCCCAUUGCAUUGUUAUCCUUCCCUCUGUAGCCCCAUUGUAUUGUUAUCAUCUCCUCUGUAGCCCCAUUGUAUUGUUAUCAUCUCCUCUGUAGCCCCAUCACAUUGUCAUCGUCUCCUCUGUAGCCCCAUUGCAUCGUUAUCCUUCCCUCUGUAGCCCCAUUGUAUUGUUAUCAUCUCCUCUGUAGCCCCAUUGCAUUGUUAUCCUCUCCUCUGUAGCCCCAUUGCAUUGUUAUCCUCCCCUCUGUAGCCCCAUUGCAUCGUUAUCCUCCCCUCUGUAGCCCCAUUGCAUCGUUAUCCUCCCCUCUGUAGCCCCAUCACAUUGUUAUCAUCUCCUCUGUAGCCCCAUUGCAUCGUUAUCCUCCCCUCUGUAGCCCCAUCACAUUGUUAUCCUUCCCUCUGUAGCCCCAUUGUAUUGUUAUCAUCUCCUCUGUAGCCCCAUUGCAUCGUUAUCCUCCCCUCUGUAGCCCCAUCACAUUGUUAUCCUCCCCUCUGUAGCCCCAUUGCAUUGUUAUCCUCCCCUCUGUAGCCCCAUCACAUUGUUAUCCUCCCCUCUGUAGCCCCAUCAUAUUGUUAUCCUCUCCUCUGUAGCCCAAUUGCAUCGUUAUCCUCCCCUCUGUAGCCCCAUCACAUUGUUAUCCUCCCUUCUGUAGCCCCAUUCAAUUGUAAUCAUCUCCUCUGUAGUCCCAUCACAUUGUAAUCCUCUCCCCUGUAGCCCCAUCACAUUGUUAUCCUCUCCUCUGUAGCCCCAUCACAUUGUUAUCCUCUCCUCUGUAGCCCUAUCACAUUGUUAUCCUCCCCUCUGUAGCCCCAUCACAUUGUUAUCAUCUCCUCUGUAGCCCCAUUGCAUCGUUAUCCUCUCCUCUGUAGCCCCAUUGCAUCGUUAUCCUCUCCUCUGUAGCCCCAUCACAUUGUUAUCCUCUCCUCUGUAGCCCCAUCACAUUGUUAUCCCCCAUUGCAUCGUUAUUCUCCCCUCUGUAGCCCCAUGUCAUUGUUAUCCUCUCCUCUGUAGCCCCAUCACAUUGUUAUCCUCUCCUCUGUAGCCCAAUUGUAUUGUUAUCCUCUCCUCUGUAGCCCCCUUGCAUUGUUAUCGUCUCCUCUGUAACCCCAUUCCAUUGUUAUAAUCUUCUCUGUAGCCCCAUCACAUUGUUAUCGUCUCCUCUGUAGCCCCAUUGUAUUGUUAUCAUCUCCUCUGUAGCCCCAUCACAUUGUUAUCGUCUCCUCUGUAGCCCCAUUGCAUUGUUAUCCUCUCCUCUGUAGCCCCAUUGCAUCGUUAUCCUCCCCUCUGUAGCCCCAUUGCAUUUUUAUCCUCUCCUCUGUAGCCCCAUGUCAUUGUUAUCCUCCCCUCUGUAGCCCCAUCACAUUGUUAUCCUCUCCUCUGUAGCCCCAUCACAUUGUUAUCCUCCCCUCUGUAGCCCCAUUGCAUUGUUAUCCUCCCCUCUGUAGCCCCAUUGCAUCGUUAUCCUCCCCUCAUUAGCCCCAUUGCAUUGUUAUCUUCCCCUCUGUAGCCCCAUUGCAUCGUUAUCCUCCCCUCUGUAGCCCCAUUGCAUUGUUAGCGUCUCCUCUGUAGCCCCAUUGCAUUGUUAUCUUCUCCUCUGUAGCCCCAUCACAUUGUUAUCCUCCCCUCUGUAGCCCCAUUCCAUUGUUAUACUCUCCUCCAUAACUCUAUUGUUAUCCAUCAAUUUCAGAUUGUAUUGCUAUUGCUACCAUCUGCUGUUUGAGGUUAACUUUCAUCAAACUGUUUAUUUUUUUCUAAAGUAUGACAAGUGUGCUAAUUCAUCAUUGGCCCUAGUUUGUCCAAUGCUUAAUGUGCUUCAAUGUGAGGCCCUAAUUUUUGUGCUUUCAAGUGAGAACAAAAUUUAAUAUGCUUACAAUAAUAACAAGUGCACUGUAUUAGAAUAGUUACCUAGGUUGAAGGUGGUGAAUGACCCAGACAGUCUAAACCCCUGGACUAGUGGUGAAUGACCCAGACAGUCUAAACCCCUGGUCCUGACAAACUCAAGAAUCUUGUUUUAAAAAACAGAUAGUUGAAGGAUUAAAUUCUAGACAUAAGUAAAUUGAACACUGUCUCAGCGGGGCGAACAGGUACACUCGCAUAAGAACUGGUCAGUUAUACAGUUACACUUGGCCAGAAAACUCAUUCUUCAUUAUACCUAUAUUUGCAAAUGUUUCGAAUAUUGAUAAUUAAGAACAUUAGAUUUCACUCUGCCUUAAUGCUUAUAAUGAUAAAAAGUAUGUAAAUCACAAUGACCAGUCCUUACCCCAUUAUAUGUACAUUCCCAUGGUGAUUGUGAUAUAUAACACAUAGAUGCACUCAUUCUCAUCCAUUUGUACAGUAUCAGAUUAUUUGUAAGUAUACAUUUAUGUUGAAAUAAACAGAUUUUUGAUUAA